AUGCACUACCAUUCCCACCCAAACUCAAAGUUAUCUUUGACGGCACAAGCCCAGUCUCAUCUGAUUGCCAUGCAUCUGCCAUUGCUCCACCAUCUAGUGAUCCCGAUCUGCUUAAGAACUUGGUUGGGCCAUUUGAUGAUGCAAAAUAACAAGAAUGUGCCGCCAAAGAACUUUAUGAAGUCUUGGGCCCGAAAGAAGUGUUGGUUAAAUGACCGGCACUCAAUUGUUUCACUCAACAUCAUCGCUACCAGAUUCAAUGGUCAGCGUAUUAUAUGGUCAAUGCAACAGUGUAUAAAGCGCCACCUCUAUCCCAAGAUUAAUGCCGAGAACAAGUCCCUGCCACACAAACCGACUGCAAAAGAACUUGCUCAUGCUCAAGCUAUUGUCGACGACUUUAUUCCUUUCACUCAUGGGAAAGUUAUCUUAAUUGACAGAGAUGCUGGGCAAGUUGUUGCUGUAAUAGAGUUCAUACCGAUUUCUGAGCUCACUUCCACUGAGAAGGCGGAAAUAAAUUGCAUUACAACUUUCCUUCACAAGUGGAAGAAGUUUGUCUAUCCAAUUGCAGCGGGACGUGGAUGGGGUGGUAGGAUGUGGGGUGUAGGUUGGCGCAAGUGUAUAAAGGCUCUGGAACUUUUUGGACGUUAUAUAAAGUUGCGUGCGGCUCGGUUGUUUGGGCGUGAAUACUUUCAACUUGCCAUCCAAUCCCAACUCGUUUCCAGAAUUCUCGGCCGGAUGUUUAAAAGCAUGGGUAAUAUUCCAUUCAAGUCAAACCGGGAGCUGAUGGAAAAGCAUGGCAUUCCAUCCUUUGCAUCUGGCGAAUUCAACAAUUGUCUUUCCAAGUUUGACUGCGCCCCACACAUUACAUUUACGACAAACGGAUUCUACAAUCAGCCUCACUGCGACAAAGGUGAUGCAUCGGAUUACGCCUUUGCGCUCUUUGUGCCAGUCAAAACGUCUGAUGGUACACUUGCUGACCCCUCAACAGAGGCUGGAGCUUCUGGUGGCCGAUUUGUCUUCCCCGAUUACGAAUGUUAUAUUGCUUUCCAGCCGCAAACUGUGGUUAAGUUACUUUGGACUGCAAAUCAAUGCACACACUGCACUCUUCCCGGAUUCAAACCAAAAGGAUUUACUUGCAUGGGAAUGUCGCUCCAAAUUACAAAAAAAGCUAUGAAUAUAUGUAGUGCAAUCAAGACUGGAUUAAUAUAUUUACGAAACACGUAUCAAGAGAAGCAGAAGGUCUACUUUGGUGGGCAUCGAAACUACAUGGGAAAACCUGCCAACAUGCCAAUCAUCCUCUUCCAGCAAGUGAAUUAUUCUCUUUUAGCUUCCUGGUAA